AUGUUCAAAGGAAUCUACAAUGGGAAGCAGUGCCACGUCUCGGAUAUAGCUACGGUUUUGAGCAGGGCUUGGACUGCCGGCGUCGACCGCAUCAUCGUCACUGGUGGAUCACUUGAGGAAUCAAAGGAAGCUCUAACAAUUGCAGAAACCGAUGCAAGGCUUUUUUGUACAGUUGGUGUGCACCCAACUAGAUGCAAGGAAUUCGAAGAGAGUGGGGAUCCAGAUAAGCAUUUUCAGGCGCUUUUGUCAUUGGCCAAAGAGGGAAUAGAGAAAGGAAAGGUGGUUGCAAUUGGUGAAUGUGGAUUGGACUAUGAUAGGCUUCAGUUUUGCCCAGCAGAGAUUCAAAAGAAGUAUUUUGAGAAGCAGUUUGAAUUAGCACAUGCCACUAAGCUGCCCAUGUUUCUGCAUAUGCGUGCAGCUGCUCCAGAUUUUUGUGAAAUUGUGGAGAGAAAUAGGAGCAGAUUCAGUGCAGGGGUGGCCCAUUCAUUUACUGGUAGUGCAGAAGAUCGUGAUAAACUUCUUUCCAUCAGCAACAUGUAUAUAGGUGUAAAUGGUUGCUCUGUGAAGACAACUGAGAAUCUCGAUGUUGUGAGGAGCAUUCCUAUUGAGAGGAUGAUGAUUGAGACAGAUUCUCCAUAUUGUGGAAUCAAGAACACAAGUGCCGGGAUUAAAUUUGUAAAGUCCACUUGGCCUUCUAAGAAGAAAGAGAAGUACGAUCAAGAGUGCAUUGUUAAAGACCGCAAUGAACCGUGUUUGGUUCGUCAAGUUCUAGAGGUGGUAGCUGGUUGCAAAGGAAUAAGUGAAAUAGGUCAGCUGAGCAGGACACUAUACCACAACACUUGCCGGGUUUUCUUUCCUCAGGACUUGGAUUCUGCAGCAGAUUCUCUACUUGCUGGUCAUGACCCUCAGUGA